AUGAUCCUCUCGAAAUGGAGGUCCGCCCUCGGAACAUCAACCGCCACAGCAUUGGGCAGAUCAACGGCAAGAGGGAUCUCGGCGAAGAUCGUGCCCUCUUACUGCCGCGGCCACACGGACGAACCCUGCUGCUAUUGCUCCGGCCUGCCGAUCUCGAGAGCGUCCGCAGUAUCGCCCACCUCAACACACGCCCCCGCCGCUGGAUCACCUCGUCAAGUAUUCCACACCCGCAGUGGUCAAGUUGAGUUCAACCUGUCUCCAGAGGUUGUUAGCGGUAGCGGCGGUGACGCGCCGCUGCUGCCUCGCGUUUCCGGAUCUUCCGCAGGCGGCGCCCGCUUUAAAUCGACUGCUGCUGCUUUGGAUCUCGAUGUCGAGAUCUCGAGAGAUGUGGUUGUGGACGGCAGCGGCGACGACGGCGGCGGUGACAGCAGCAAUGGAUUGACGAGCUUUCGCCUGACGGACAUCGGAGAGGGAAUCUUGGAAGUGGAGGUGUUGCAAUGGUAUGUUGCUCCCGGCGACAGCGUGAGCCAGUUCGACAAGCUGUGCGAGGUCCAGAGCGACAAGGCGAACGUUGAAAUAACCAGCCGAUACGAUGGUGUGGUGCGGAAGGUUCACUGGAAUGUUGGCGACAUGGUCCAGACAGGCGCUGUUCUAGUGGACAUCGAGGAGCGAGCGGCUUCUUCCGCGGGGAGUUCCACACCGAGGCAGCCGUACUUGUCGUCGGCUGAAAGUACGGGGGUGCCGCAGCUUUCGGUGCCGAGUUCGCCACACCCAGCAGUGGCGCCGCCGGCACCUGCUGAAACGGUAACCCCGGAGAGCACCGGAGGGACGUCAUUCGGAAAUGGAGGAGUCGUUGGCGACCUUGAGGGGAGCGCGCAGGCGAGGAGACAGGUUUUGGCUACCCCGGCCGUCCGACGACUCUGCCGUGAGAUGUCCAUCGACCUCGCCUUGGAACCAAUCCCUGGAACAGGCCCUGGGGGACGCUUGCUGAAAGGCGACGUGCUCGCGCACGCCUCGGCGACGGCGAAAACCGCGGCGAGCGGAGGCCCCAUCAACGGCGAGAUGGGCACGGCGGCCCGGGAAUCCAACCUGGAGAAGGGGUGGAGGUGGCGGCGGAGAAAGAAAGAGGGGGGGGAGCAGCAGCGGUCACGACAUGAGGCAAAGGAGACUGUCGCAGUGCCGAUAAAAGGAGUCCAGCGGGCGAUGAUGGAGGCGAUGCGGAAGGCCCUCGAGGUGCCGCACAUGACCUUCUGCGACGAGGUAAACGCGGACCGCCUGGGCAAGCUGAGGUCCGACCUUAAGGAGGCCGCCGAGCGGCGGGGUGCCAGGCUGAGCUACUUGCCUCUCAUCGUCAAGGCCACGUCGAUGGCUCUCACUGCCUUCCCUACCCUCAACGCCAGCCUGAGUGAAGACAAGAAGUUCCUGCUGCAGCAUCCAGGCCACAACAUCGGGGUUGCGAUGGACACCGAAAAGGGACUGCUUGUUCCUUGCAUCGCCAACGUGGAGGAGAUGAGCGUUCUCGACAUCGCGGAGGAACUGAACACCCUCCAGAGACUCGGGGCCGCGGGAAAGCUGGGAGAGGAGGAACUUGCCGGAACGACUUUCACACUAUCCAAUAUCGGGAGCAUCGGCGGCACCUACGCAUCACCCGUCAUUCUCCACCCCCAGGUCUGUAUCGGCGCCCUCGGGCGCAUGCAGCGCGUGCCCCGCUUCGAUGCUGUCGACACGGACAAGGUCGUGGCCAGCAAGGUGAUCCCGGUGUCCUGGUCGGCCGACCAUCGCGUCGUCGACGGAGGCACCCUCGCCCGGUUCUCGAACACAUGGAAAGCUUACUUGGAGAAUCCCGCUCUAAUGCUCGCCGACACUCGUUGAUGGCCACCCCUAUGCUAUUGAUCGGAUCAACCCGCCGGGCCGCUGCUGAGGUGUUUUUCCCCUGUGCUGCCUGGUUUGAGCACUGGCUGUUAUUUGUCUGAGCUGCUAGCCUGUGGUGCUAGUGGUGGUCGGAGGCACCGGCCCAUGCCGAACUGGUUGGCGACGUACUCAUCUCGUUCGCUCGGCUGAGCUUUGGCGCGGGGCGAGAGCAUGAGGGAGUCCAUCUCGGGGUCAGUGUUGUACAAAGUCGCUGUGCUAUUUGGGAUAUUUUUAUCAGGGGGGAUAAGAGACCCAUUGGGCUCAGAAGGGUAUGUAGUCAAAGGUGGAGGGAUCAGCAGGAAGUGCUUGUCUGUGAGUGAUUGCAUGCAACGGUUGCGGCUGUGUAAUGCUUUGGCAUGUCCUCGUGGGAACAUGAUGUCAUGAUCUCUCCUCCAAUGGUAGCGGUGAUAAGGGGAUGUGCAAUGCAGGUUGACAAAAUGUGAACUGGGAAUGGGGGAGUUCGAAGGACGUGGAGCUCCAAUUUGUAGGAUGUUGCGACGUGCAUGGGAAACCGCACUGGUGACUUUGUUUCGCGCCUUCCUGUCUGUGUUGUGGGCGUGCUAUCCU